AUGUCUCCAGGUUGGUGCCUGCGGAUCAUAGGUAAGUCAACCGAAUUACUAUAUAUUCUCCUGCUAAUGACUGUCAAGACGCUUGGAUAUGAUUCGUCUGUCAUGAAUGGGCUGUUGAUCUUGCCCUCUUACUCAGAGUACUUCAAUCUCAACACCGCUACCGAGGGUCUUAACAAUGCUGCCAUGUGGAUUGGAGGCAUCUUUGGUGCUUUUCUCAUGCAGCCUGUCCCAGACUACUUGGGUCGUCGACGUGCCAUCUACGUCGCCUCAGCCAUCAGUGUUGUCGGCAUUAUCCUGCAGGCUGCCUCCCAGAACGUUCCCAUGUUUGUCAUUGCGAGGUUCAUCGUCGGUGCCGGCUCUGCAAUUAGCAAUGGAGCCGCACCUACGCUGCUCGGCGAGCUUCUUCCACCUCACCGACGUGCGCGCGUUCUGGGGCUCUUCUUUUCCUGCUACUACGUUGGCAGCCUUGCUUCGGCCAUUGUUAAUUACGGCAGUCAGAACAUCCAGAGCACUUGGGCAUGGCGAUUGCCCUCUCUACUUCAGUUCGUCCCCAGCGUGCUGGCGGUCCUCAUCGUUCCGUUUGUGCCGGAGUCUCCUCGCUGGCUGAUUGCACACGACCGGAACCAGGAGGCCCUAGAAGUUUUGGUUAUCAUGCAAGGUAAGAACAAUAUGGACUUGCAAAAAGCAGAGGAGCAGCUACGCGAGGUGAGAGCCACCAUUGUCCGUGAAGCGGCCGAGUAUCCUCGCAAUCCAUGGAGAGAGAUAAUUGCAACCAAGGCGAAUAGGCGGAGACUUGCAAUUCUUUGCAGCUUCGGUCCUAUGAUUAACAUGUUUGGAAACUUUAUCAUCUCUUUCUACCUGACAAAGAUACUUAGCCAAGCUGGCAUCACAAAUCCUGUCACCCAAACACAAGUACAGGUCAUCAUCAACUGCUGGUCUUUUGCUGUAGCCAUUUUUGGCAGUUUCAUGCUCGACGUCCUUGGUCGCAGAAUCCAGACGUUUAUCGGUGUCGGCGGUUAUGGCGAGAGCACGAAUACCUCGGGAAUAUAUGGCACCAUUGCCGUCAUUUUCGUCUUUCAGGGCUUCUACGCCUUCUCCAUCACGCCCAUGACAAGUUUGUACCCAACAGAGGUGUCGCCUUUCAAGCUCCGUGCUACAGGCAUUGCCAUCUUCCGCAUGCUCGAUUCUGGAUUUGGCCUUCUCGCCUCCUUCGCCAUGGCCUAUGCUAUGGCUGAUCUGGGCUGGAAGUUUUAUUUCAUCAACGCAUCCUGGAACUUUGUGUUCCUCAUUAUUGCUUACUUUACCUUUGUUGAGACCAAGGGACUGGAGCUUGAAGAGAUCAACACGAGGUUCGAAGGCUCCGCCAUACUGGAUGGUGUCAUUGAGGAUACUGCCUCGCAAAAGAGUGAUACUGGGGUCCGAAAGAACGAGGGGAUUACAGAUAACGUGUAG